AUGAAUGACCUAGAAAGAAAAAUUUUACGAGAGCUUGGAGAAAUCUUAGAUACUUGCGAACGGACGAACAAAAACCUUCAAGACACUCUUAAUUUAGUAAUAGAACAGCGUCUCAACGGUGGUCUGCGAUAUGCUCAUUUAAAUGGGAAGAAUGAUGAUUCGCUCAUGGCUGUCAUGGUACAGUCAAGAGAUGCUUUGCGCCGAGCAUUGGAUGUCUUGUCGCCUGGUGGUGAUGAGCCUUAG